AUGCCUGCCACCAGAAAUAUUAAAUGUGGUAAAUGCUCCGAUGGACUUUCGAAAACCCAAGGUGCUAUCCAAUGUACAUCUUGCAAAUUGUGGCUUCAUUUAAAAUGCGCUGAUGUUGCUGAGAAACACCUUAGUUUGCUUAAAGAUAAACCAGCUUCUUUUUUCUUUAAAUGUGCGGCCUGUUCUAAUGCUGAUGUAGAUGAUAAUUCAUUUCGUCAUGAAAUGUUAUCUAUGAAAAACAGUUUUGAGUGCUUUGUCGUUAAGAGCCAGAGCGACCAUAAUGCAUUUAAGGAUUCCAUUGCCCAGAUUUUAUCAGACUUUAAAAAUGAAGUGUCUACUGUUGUUAAAGAGAUCAAAUCUGAUAUUAUGGAUUGCAGGAAACUAAUAAAUCAUGUUGAUUCAUCUACAAAUAUGAAGAUUUCUGCGUUGGAAACUGAAAAUAAUAUUCUUCACAGAAGACUCAAUCGUGGUGACUUCGUAAUUAGUGGUUUGCCCUCUGGCCUAAAUGAUUUGGAUUCUGCUGUUAUCUCCCUGGGUGCAUUUUAUAAUGUUACCUUAUCUAAUUCUGAUAUUAACCAUGUAUGUUAUAUGCACAGCAGGAGACUUAUUUUGGUAAAACUAAAUAAUGUUGGUAUAAGGGACAAAAUAAUGAAGGAAUAUUUUAAGCAACGUUCCCUUACUGUAAAAAAUAUUAUUGGAGGUGAGAUUGAGAGUCGUGUAUAUAUUAACGACCACUAUUCCCCAGCUGCUUCUAAUUUAAACGCUUUGUGCCGGAAGAUGUUUCAUCAAAAAAUCAUUUUGAAGUACAGGAUUGUUAAUGCUGACCAUUUAAAAGCAAAGCUUACUCUUAGUGAUGGAAAGGAUGUUGAAUAUAGUAUGGCGGAAUGUGCUGAACUUUUCAAUGUUAAUUCUAACAGUUAG